CCUGCCUCCCGCGCCGCGUGGCGGUGCUAUGCUGCGGCCGGGCUGUCGCCUCCGCCCAGAGGGCUUGGGCUGCCCUGCUGCUCGCUCUCUGCUGGGCCCUGGUCCUCUAAGCAUCUGCCCUCCCCCGCACGGGCGACGAGGGGGCGGGGUCGGACUGCGCGCCAGGAGAGGCGGGCAAGCGGGAGCCCAGGUGAGUUGUUUUAGUAAGACCGAGCCGUCGGGAGGGCAGCGUCCGAGCAGCCGGGGAGGAGGCAGAAGAGAAGAUGCCGCUGUCGUCGCCACCUCAGGGCGACCAUGGGGAGUCCAGCCCGUCCAAGACUCUCAAGAAGCACACCUCUUUCCAUAUCUGGCGGUCCAAAAAGAAGCAGCAGUCUCCGAGGUCUGACUGUGGGGUGUUCAUUCCGCACCCGCCACGCGCGUCCGUCGGUGAGGCCAGAGCUUUGGAGGCAGUGGAUGGAGGUCAUAUGGCUGGAGAGUGCCAAGAAUUUACGUUGCAGUGUGGGGAGUCCCAGUUUUUCCACACCACCCAUGACAUACCUGGUCCUUUACCUACAGAGUCUGGAAUGUUUAAAAAGUCCAGAGCACAACCACCAGAAGAGAACAAAAGGAAGCCAGUUUUGGGGAAAUUUGGCACUCUGUUCACAGCAGGAAGGAGAAGGAACACCAGAAACGGGUUCGAGAAUCCCAUCAGCCCAAAUGCCAAAUCAGUCUCUCCCAAAGAUGUGACCUCUUCCAAACUCCUGGAGAGAGAGACUGAGAAAAGCAGGCAAUCAAAGCAAACGGACGUGUGCGAGGAGGGCUCCCCCCUGAAGAAGCCCCAGGAACCAGAGUGUGAACGCCCCGAGGGCUGCGUCCAGCCAGCCCCCGACGCCGAGCGGUCACCUUGCCCGGGCAGCCGUGCAGUGGCAGCGGCUGUGCAGCAGGACCAUAAAAGUGAUUCACCGCAAUUACAACCUCUGGACUCAGAGGAAGAGACUUUCCCAGAUGCCACCACUGCUGCCAAGCAGUUGCAUUCCUCCCUAGCGAACUCCUCCAGGCAAGAGAACGCUGAGUCGCUCGCCCGCAGUCCGGGGGAGGACGCUUCACCUGGCUCUGGCGGGCAGGAGCCGACCCAAGAAGCGAGGGACGUGCCGGGCUCGCCCACCGGGGAGGGGCCGGCUGACGGGGCCCCCAGCCUGUGUGCCCAGGGGUGCACUCCGGAGUCCCAAGACGCGCCGAGCCAGCCCCUCGAGGACGCAUCGGCUCCGCCGGGCGACCCUCCUGCCGAGGGCGCGGAGAACCGGGCAGUCUCCGAGCCUCCGCGACACUCUCGACCCCGCGAGCGCGCCCACCCUGCCAAAGUGUUGACUCUAGACAUCUACUUGAGUAAGACUGAGGUGGCGCAGGUGGAAGAGCCGGUCGUGAUCACCCCCGGGGCAGAAGAUUGCGACGACAUGGAGAAGAGAUCGAGCGGCCGCAGGUCGGGGAGGCGGAGGAGGUCGCAGAAAUCCACUGACUCCCCGGGCGCUGACUCUCCGCUGCCUGAAUGCGCGGCCCGGGACGACGCGGUCUUCGACUACGAGGUGGCGCCAAAGGCAGCCGCCGAGAACGGCUCUGCGGAAAAGAAAGUGAAAUCUCCGCGGGCGGCCCCCGACGGGGGCGUAGCCUCUGCCGCCUGCCUAGAGUCCAAGCCCAGCCCCGGCCCCAAAGGGCAGCUCCGAGGGGAGUCGGAGAGGAGCAAACAGCCGCCUCCAGCCUCGUCCCCCACUAAGAGGAAAGGCAGGAGCCGCGUCCCCGAGGCCGUGCCCACAUCGCCUGCCGGAGGCCCGCGGGCUCCGGCCAAGGACUCCCCUCCCAAGAGGACGCCGGAUCCUGGCCCCAGCCCGGCAGCCAAAGAGAGCGGGGAGGAGGCAGCCCGGGUCAUCCCCCGCGAGCUUACGGUCAAGAGCAGCUCACUGUUGCCAGAGAUCAAGCCUGAGCACAAGAGGGGGCCGCUCCCCAACCAUUUCGAUGGCCGGGGAGAGGGAAGUCGAAGCAAAGAGCUGGGCAGAUCGGCCGGAGUUUCUGAAGCCGAAGGCUUGAAGCACAGGAAUCCUUUCGGUGCCGGCAGGUCGACGGUAACCACUAAAGUGACCCUACCUGCCAAGCCUAAACAUGUGGAACUAAACUUUAAAACCCCAAAGAAUCUUGACAGUUUGGGAAAUGAGCAUAAUCCAUUUAGCCAGCCAGUUCACAAGGGAAACACUGCCACCAAAAUCUCCUUAUUUGAAAACAAGCGCGCAAACAGUAGCCCAAAGCACACUGACCUUCGAGGCCCAAGGAACCUUCCUGCCUCCUCUAAUAAAACGUUUGUUGGGAGGGCGAAGCUGAAUUUAGCCAAAAAAGCCAAGGAGAUGGAGCAACCUGAAAAGAAAGUGAUGCCAAAUAGUAACCAGAACGGUGUGCUGGGAAAGGAAACCUCUGCAGAAACCAAAGUUACUCUCCCUGAAGAAGAGACUCCGGGUUCUCAGCUUAAGGCAGAUGUGCAGACAGAUGCCAGCUGCCCUUCUGAACCCGUGGUUACUGCUCUGAUUCCCAUCAAGGACACCGAGCUCUUAGAGGAAAACUCAGAGGCUGCCAAUAGCAAAAGACUUGAACUUGAAAAUAUGACUGAUGCCGCACAAGACAUCCCCGCCGUUCUUGAUACCAAAGAUUCACCUCCAGCAGCCAUACCAAAGCCACAGGAUGGGUUUUCUGACUCACAGCCCCCAGCUGAGUCACCUAAUAGGCUUUCUCCUUCUCUGACUGCCUGCAUUCCUGUGGAUGAUCCUAAAGGCACAUGCACUCAAGCUCCUGUAAGCAGUUUUCCGUGCACUGAUCUAAAAGUGUCAGAAAACCAAAGUGGAUGUCCUCUGGCUGUGUCUCAUCAGGACAGUGAGAAAAUGCCUCCCUCCAAACUUGCAGGAGAAGGAGAGGAAGAAACAAGCGCUGCUUUUUCCCCAGAGCACAGCCCAGAAGCUGUGGGCAGUGAGUGUCCAUCCAAGGUCCUCGUCCAGGUCAGGUCCUUCAUGCUCCCCGUGGAGAGCACUGAGGAUGUCCGCUCCCAGAUCAUCCCAGAUAGCUCUGAAGUGAGAGAAGCACAGUUGCCAAGCUGUCACAAUAAUGAACUUGAAGUGGUUUCCGUUGCAAGUUGUGCUCCCCAGAAAGAGGAAGUACAGGGCAAGAAGAGCACAUCACCCAAACACAUUGAUGCCAAAGAGGAACACGUAGCAGAAUCUGGCCCACAAGUCAUGCUGCCCGAAUCAGAAAAACCUCUGCCCAGCCAGGCUCAAAGUCAGGGCAAUGGAAAACCCCUGGAGGCUGAAUCCAACCCCACCCACUGCCCUGGCGACCAAAAUCAUUUAGAAACCCCCCAAAGACCUGAUCAAAGUAUCGUGAAUGGCCAGGACAGUCCUGCCAGUCUUUUGAACAUUUCUGCUGGGAGCGAUGAUAGUGUAUUUGAUUCUUCUUCUGAUAUGGAAAAAUUCACUGAGAUUAUUAAAAAAAUGGACAGCACUGUUUGUGUGCCCCAGAAGAAAAAGAAGCCUAGGAUGCCAAACUCCCCUGCCCCUCACUUCGCCAUGCCUCCUAUUCACGAGGACAAUUUAGAAAAAGUGUUUGAUCCCAACGUGUUUACCUUUGGUUUGGGGAAGAGAAAGGAAGGCCAGCCUGAAAUGUCACCGGCUUUACAAUUGAUGCAGAAUUUUGACACAAAAUCCAAACUGAGGCCCAAACGUACGUCCGCCGAACAGAGUAUCCUCUUCAAAUCCCUGCAAACUCACGCUAAUGGGAAAGAUGAGCUUCUGGUGGCCCCAGAAGCAAAUGACAAAGAGAACAGGGAUAUCAGCAACAGUGGAAUCAAGAGAUCGAGGCUGGAGAAAAGUGCCCUUUUCUCAAGCAUGUUAUCUUCUUUACCACAAGACAAAAUCUUUUCUCCCUCUGUGACAUCAGUCAGUACCAUGACCACAUCUUUCAGCACGUCUCACAGCACUUCUCUUGCUCAGCCUUCCGUGUUAGAGCCGGUGGUUGAGGGUGCCCCACCCUGUGGUUCAGAGAAAGAUCAACCAAGUCUUGCACCCAGCAGCGUCAAGGUCUUCAGUUUCAACUCAUCAAAUACGUCUCAUUCGGGAUUGAAAAGUCUGAGCUCCAUGGAAAAGUACGUGCAGAAAGAGGAAACCAAAAAAGAUCUGGAUUCGAGAAGCCACCUACCCUUGCCAGAAACUAAAUGUUCUGAAUUGUCAAAACUGAAGAACAGCGAUGAUACGGAAAAGUCAAAUCAUACUGAAAGCAUUCUUAAAUCGAACUUGCCAAGCUAUGGAAACAGUGACACAGACUUCGCGGGUCUUUUCAAAUCCAGCCGGUUUGACCCAAGCAUUUCUUUUUCUGGACUGUCCUUAUCAGAUACAACAGCUCUUAGAGGGAAUAUCCAAAACAAAAUCAAUCCCCGACCCGGAAAGGUGGUGAUAUACAGUGAGCCGGACGUCUCAGAGGCAUGUAUCGAAGUGUUUGGUGACAUUGAGGAUUGCAGCGCCUGGAGCCUCUCCCCUGUGAUACUCGUAAAAGUCGUCAGAGGAUGUUGGAUUUUGUAUGAGAAACCAAAUUUUGAGGGACACUCCAUCCCUUUAGAAGAAGGAGAAUUGGAACUCUCUGGUCUCUGGGGUAUAGAAGAUGUCUUGGAAAGAAACGAGGAGACAGAGUCGGAUAAGCCUGUGGUAAUUGGUUCAAUGAGACAUGUGGUCCAGGAUUACAGAGUCAGUCAAAUUGAUUUAUUUACUGAACCAGAAGGGUUAGGACUCCUAAAUUCCUACUUUGAUGAUACUGAAGAAAUGCAGGGAUAUGGUGUAAUACAGAAGACUUGUUCCAUUAAAGUACAUUGGGGCACAUGGCUGAUUUAUGAAGAACCUGGAUUCCAGGGUGUCCCAUUUAUCCUGGAACCGGGUGAAUACCCCGACUUAUCCUUCUGGGACACAGAGGAGGCGUACAUUGGAUCCAUGCGGCCCCUGAAAAUGGGUGGCCGUAAAGUUGAAUUCCCUACAGAUCCAAAGGUAGUGAUUUAUGAAAAGCCUUUCUUUGAAGGAAAAUGUAUGGAACUAGAAACAGAGAUGUGUAGUUUUGUCAUGGAAGGAGGUGAAGCAGAAGAAAUGGCUGAAGAUGAACGCUUGCCAUUUACAUCAGUGGGAUCCAUGAAAGUUCUAAGAGGCAUUUGGGUUGCUUAUGAGAAGCCGGGAUUUUCAGGUCAUCAGUAUUUGCUUGAGGAAGGAGAAUAUAAGCACUGGAACGACUGGGGAGGCUACGGUGGAGAACUUCGGUCUUUACGACCUGUACUAGGUGAUUUUUCAAAUGCUCACAUGAUAAUGUACAGUGAAAAAAACUUUGGAUCCAAAGGUGCCAGUAUUGAUGUAUUAGGAAUUGUGGCUAAUUUAAAGGAGACCGGCUAUGGAGCGAAGACACAGUCUAUUAAUGUGCUGAGUGGCGUAUGGGUAGCCUAUGAAAAUCCGGACUUCAUGGGAGAACAGUAUAUAUUGGAUAAAGGCUUUUAUACCAGUUUCGAAGACUGGGGAGGCAAAAAUUGUAAAAUCUCUUCUGUUCAACCCAUAUGUUUGGAUUCUUUCACUGGCCCAAGGAGACGAAAUCAGAUUCACUUGUUUUCAGAACCACAGUUUCAAGGGCGCAGUCAACAUUUUGAAGAAACAACCAGUCAAAUUGAUGAUUCAUUUUCCACCCAGUCAUGCAGAGUUUUGGGAGGCAGCUGGGUUGCAUAUGAUGGAGAAAACUUCUCUGGUAAUCAGUACGUGUUGGAGGAAGGCCACUAUCCUUCUCUCUCUGCAAUGGGAUGCCUGCCUGGAGCAACGUUCAAGUCCCUGCGUUUUAUAGACGUUGAAUUUUCUGAACCAACCAUUAUUCUUUUUGAAAGAGAAGACUUCAAAGGAAAAAAGAUUGAAUUUAAUACAGAAAUAGUGAACCUCCGAUCCCUAGGAUUCAAUACGCACAUCCGCUCAGUUCAGGUGAUUGGUGGCAUAUGGGUCACUUAUGAAUAUGGCAAUUACAGGGGUCGACAGUUCCUGCUGUCACCAGCAGAAGUACCUAACUGGUACGAAUUCAGUGGUUGUCGUCAAAUAGGUUCUCUACGACCUUUUCCUCAGAAACGAAUUUAUUUCAGACUUCGAAAUAAGGCAACGGGAUUAUUCAUGUCGACCAAUGGAAACUUAGAGGAUCUGAAGCUUCUCAGAAUACAGGUCAUGGAGGAUGUUGGUGCUGAUGAUCAGAUUUGGAUUUAUCAGGAAGGAUGCAUCAAAUGCAGGAUAGCAGAAGACUGCUGCCUGACCAUCGUGGGGAGCCUCGUAACCUCCGGCUCUAAACUGGGCCUGGCGCUGGAAGAGAACAUUGACAGUCAGUUCUGGAGCAUGAAGCCGGACGGCAGGAUCUACAGCAAGCUGAAGCCAAAUUUAGUUUUAGAUGUCAAAGGGGGUUCUCAGUAUGACCAAAACCACCUUAUCCUUAACUCUGUCAACAAAGAGAAGUUAACACAAGAGUGGGAAGCCAUGGUCCUAUAGACCUGAAUGAAGAGUGCAGGAGGAGGAUUUCCGGAGGUCUUCCAGCUACCUUAUUUUUAAAAAAAGAAAAAGCACCAAGAAGAAGGUGGACCUACUCCUUCAACAGCUCUGGAUUCUCUCGAGUCAGGCUGCCAUGACCAGGAUGACCGCUCAUCUGCUCACAAGACUGUAAUCCUUUUAAACCAUUGUUUGUCCUCCUCUCCUUCUUGCCUUUCAUUUCGGUUCAGUAGCUGCUUAAACAGGUUGCCUCCUUAGCAGCCCUAGGGAGUUUUUAAAAGUUAUACCGAGACUUUAAGGCUAUGCACAUUUUAAAUUAUUUCCAAAGAUGGAGGCACGAACAGGACCAACCUUACCGACUCUGUGGACCUACAAGUCCUGCGCUCUUGAAAGGGAAGGACAGCAGCGUGUGAGAUCAAAGACUGUUGAGCAUCUGAGAAGAAAUAAUUCAUUAGGCCUGUAAUUUUGGUCCCUGACCUUCUGUUUUCUGGACUCAAUAAUGACAGCGUAUAGAGAAGUGGGGAGAACUUUAUCUAUUCAGACAUAUUUUAAGGAACUAAGUACAGACAAAAUGUUUCUGCUAAUAUUAAAAAAUCAGUAAAUUUACAAAGAU